AUGGAGGCUGCUGGGAAACUUGUGAAGGAAAUGCAGAAUGAUAUCACCUGUACAAUCUGCAGGGGCUACUUCCCUGAGCCCGUCACCAUGGCAUGUGGGCACAUUUUUUGCCAAGCAUGUAUCUCCUCAAUCGGGACAGUGGGAGCUACAACUUUCUCCUGUCCUGAAUGUAGGCAAGAGUCCCAGGAAAGAGAGAUCCCAGUAGUGAACAGGAGCCUAGCAGAGUUGACAGAGCUGGAUGAAGAGUUCUGCUCCGGGCUUUUGCAAAGUACUCAAGGACAGAGCCAAUGUGUCCUUCACAAAAAACUCUUAAAGCUCUUCUGUGAAGAUGAUCAAACUUUACUCUGUACAGCAUGUUGUGAAACCCCAGAGCAUGGAGCUCAUAAGAUCCUUCCUGUAAAAGAAGCUGCUCAAAAUUGCAGGCAGAAGCUGCAGCUUAUUGUGAGUCGCUUGGAGGAACAUUGCAAGCAAUAUAACAAACUUCUUGCUCUGGAGGAGAACUCUGCUGCUGACUGGCCCUUGAUGGUCAAAGAAGAAUACUGCAAAGCCCAGUUCUUUCAUUUGGAGGAAGAAUUGCACUCUCUUGAAAGACUGACUCAAGAGGAAAAGGCCAAUGAGGACAGAAUAAAACAACAUAUGCAAAAUCUUCUGAACCUCAUGGAAGAGCUGGAAGAAGCGGGCCAACAACCCCAUCUGGAUGUGCUAUACAGUGCCAAAGAGCUGUUGAGAAGGAGUGAGAUUGUGUUGUCCCAAAGGGCCAAAGCUGUCAUCCCAGAACUGAAAGAAUGCAUUAUCCCUGGCAUGAUGGAGUUGCUCAAGAAAUUUAAAGUGGAGCUCACAUUGGAUCGCACAUCAGCUGAUUCUUGGGUGAUUGUUUCGGAGGAUCUCAAGAGCUUGAAGGCUGAAGGAGACUGGGAGGGGGAGAUGGAGCCACCUGAGGACUUACCUUUCCAUUGUGUCUUUGCUGAGCAGAUCUUCAGUUCAGGUAGACAGUACUGGGAGGUGGAUGUGAGUCAAGUGCCUCAGUGGUCCCUGGGCAUCUAUACCCCAAACUUGAAGAUAAAGAACGACAGGGACAUGGACUCCUGUUCCUCUGUGUUCCUGCUUCGCCGUAUCAAGAAGGAAGAAGAUUACUAUUUACAGACUUACCCUGGAUUAUUGAACCAUCGAGUGAAAGACCCAAUGUCCAGGAUUGGGGUGUACCUAGAAUAUUUUCCUGGCACUCUUGUCUUUUAUAAUGUUCAACAGAGCUCUCUCAUUUACAGGUUCUAUCCUAUUUUCUUUUUAGAGACUGUUACUCCCUUCUUUUCACCUGGGCCCCCACUUCCAGGAACACAGCCAGGACCCAUGACUCUCUGUUCAGUGGACUCUUAUAUUUGUAAUUGUUGCUACACGGGUCUCAGCAUUUAUUCAGGGAGGAAUUCUCAAGGCACCACCAGGUUCCAGAGCUGAAGACCU